AUAUCAGCUGACUGGUUUGUUUCGCUAUAGACUCCGCAGCAAUCAGCAAAGAAGGAAUAGCACAACAUCAAAGGACUCAACUUCUUAUUAUUACAAAAAAAACUGGGCUUUGAUCGGCCAAAAAUUUACAACACCUACAUUUAAAUAUAUUUUCAAUUCAUACAGGGAUCUUUUGCCUCGUUUACAAAACGGUUUGACCUGCGUGAAAUAUGCCUUCAGAGAAGACGUUCAAACAAAGGAGGACAUUUGAGCAGAGAGUAGAUGAUGUGAGACUGAUUCGAGAGCAGCACCCCAACAAGAUCCCAGUCAUCAUCGAGAGAUACAAGGGAGAGAAGCAGCUGCCCAUCCUGGAUAAAACCAAGUUCCUGGUUCCUGAUCAUGUCAAUAUGAGUGAGCUGAUCAAAAUCAUCAGGAGGCGCCUCCAGCUGAACUCCAACCAGGCCUUCUUCCUGCUGGUGAAUGGCCACAGCAUGGUCUCCGUGUCAGCAGCCAUCGCUGAGGUGUACGAUCGCGAGAAGGACGAUGAUGGCUUCCUCUACAUGGUGUACGCAUCGCAGGAGACAUUUGGAACCAUAACCCCCCAGUAACAGCCUCCCACCACCACACCAUAGCUCGGACAAUGAUAUCUCCUCCUCCCUCCUUGAUCCUUCGUUCCUAAAUACAGACCGAUCCCCCUUGCCUUCCCUCAACCCUUGCUUAAAACCUUAGCCAAGACAAUGGGAACCAGACUGACCUCUUCUCCCAUGCCCUUAAGGGCCCCUUAUAGAUAUUAAAAGCCAUGUCCUGCACCUUCUCAUACUCAUACUGCCCACUACCCAUUACUCAACCUCUCCCCGUACAUCCAUUACUCAACACCUCUCCCCGUACAUCCAUUACUCAACACCUCUCCCCGUUUAUCCAUUACUCAACACCUCUCCCUGUUCAUCCAGCCAUGUGUUUUGGAAAAGAGAUUCAAUAGUUAUCUUUGGGUUGUUUGGUGUAUAGAAUGGAUUAGUAUAGCAGAGAUGAUUGCCAGUUCAGGUUGAGUUCGACUCAAACAAUUUACAGCUUAAAUCCCUGCUUGAGUCCUUCAUGGUUGAGUUCAGUUAUACAGAAAUCUCCAUAUUUUAUUUUCCACUUGUUGUGUUUGCUAAACUUGAAUGAGCUCAGUAUUUUGGAUGAAGCUUCAAUCACAACAGUUGUUGAGGAAUUUUCUAACAGUUUAGUUAAAGCGCUGAAUCCAGUUUGACAGACAUGGGACAAACUACUUCCACAAGAACAUGUUUCAUCAAGUCUCCUAUAAUUGGUGACUCAGGCCAAUAGUCUCAACUGCUGUGACAAAAUGAGUGGUUCUUUUUUCUUUAGUCUUUCCUUUAGUCACUUGGUUGAAUAUUCUAGGCAAACUGUAGGCUUCAUUGUAUUAACAAGUUUUUAAGGCUAACAUGUUAAUGUGCGUUCAGUUUAGCAGUUCCCCUCCCCCCGUGUUGCUCUGAGCUACUUGAUAAGGGUUGUGGGUUCAGAGAUUAUUUUACUUUGCACCUUUCAAAAAAUUCAAUAAAAAUGAAGGUCCUUUCAACAAAAAAAAAACAAAAAAAAAUUCUUCCCGCGCUUUGUUGUAAACAUCUCCACGUAGAAGAGAUGUUAGGGACUCCUGGUUAAAAAGGAAAGAAAUGCUACCGAAAACCUGCUAUGAUGAUUGUUAUAAGAAAUUUGCCUCCAUGUUCAGCAUGAUGAUGGAAUUGCACGUGUGUGAAAGGGUCACUGAUGUGGGAUAAUGCUGAUGUCAGAAGUAGGGUGUGGGGUUGGUGGCUGUUUUGGACUGGGCGGGCAUCACGGCCGGGUCUGUCCACCAACCAACUGUCCAUCCGUCCCCCUCCUAGACCUGCCCUAGGGCUCUGAACAGUACUCAUCCCAGGGUGGCGUCACGCUUUUAGAAUAUUCAAUUUGUUUAAUAGAGGGUUAUUUAUGCCUUUUAUAAUGUGUGCUGACUGUUGUGCUUUUCCUUCUCGCUGUCCUCUCAACUGUUUAAAUGUUAGAUGCCUUUUUAUCUUCAUUUUUGGCAGAUAAUCUGUUUUUAUUUAAUGUGAUUUUACUUCCUUGUACAAAUGUCCAUAUGCUAUGUGUGUAAUGAAUACGAAUGAUUCUAUGAUCAGUUUGAUUGAGGGUUUAAUAAGAGGAAUGAUAGUUUUAUCAGCCCAAUGUUCCUCUGCAUGCUCUGCUGUUUGCCGCUCUCAUUCUUCAUAUUCACAGCAAUAUUACACAGCCUUUUAUUGUAUUUGUUGGUAUUUUAUGAAUAAAACAGACGAUGUAAAGGUA